GAUGCAGACGAUUGCUGAUGGCUUGGCGCAAUACCUAAAAGCGGGAAAUGAGCGAAAGUUUAACAAGUAUCUCCCAUAUGUUAUUUCGGCGAUGAACAGAGUCGUGCACGCCACAACGGGAUAUUCAGCAUACUAUAUGCUACACGGCAGAGAAAUGACAAUGCCGGAAGAUGUGGUUACAAAAACGAAUAUACCCGAUGAUUACGGAACUCCAGACGAAUGGGUGGAGACCAUGAAAAGGAACUUGACCUUUGCAGAAGAAGUGGCGAAAUGCAAUAUCAAAGACGCAUACGAGAAGAAUGCGGAAAUUUACAAUAAGAAAAAAUCGGAGCCGAACUUCAAAGUGGGCGACCUCGUACUGAUACGAUUACCAAAGGACACGAAACAAGGGAAGAAAGAGAACCAGUCGGACUUUAAGUCGAAAUACGAUAAAGUGUGGAAGAUCCUUAGCUUCCCGCGAGCAAACGAAGCAGAGGUCAUCGAGCAGAACCCGAAGAAAGAAGCAGACUUAAAGGUCGUUUCGAUCGAUCGGCUGAAACCAUGGCACCCGCCCUUACCAGACGAGAAAGAGCAGGUAGCAGAGCAUACCCUCCAAAAAGAGUCCUUUUUCGAACCACCUCUGCUACAUGAAGUUAAUGAAGAGACCAAAGGUCACCAAGACGGAGAUAAACCAAAUAAGAAGAGAGGAAGAAAAAGGAAAGAAGAUAAGGACUUCGAGACGGCAGUUACAAUUAAGCUGAACGCAGAAGCUGGAAAUUUGGCAGAAAGGUCACUGGAAAAAGAGACCGAAUUAGGUUCCAAAGUACCAGAGCGUACUUCCGAAAAGGACUUGCAACAAUCCUUUUUCGAACCACGCACUGCUACCGGAGAUAAGGAUGACCUUUCGAAACGGCGAACUGGCGCUGAGAUAUCAGAGCGCGAUUCGAAUUUUUUCGAACCACGCACUGCUACCGGCAAUGAGGAUGACCUCAUAAGAAAGAGAGAAGAGGAAAUAGAGGCGGUCAAAUCAAAAGCUGAACAAUUGGGCCGUGAUAUAGCGAAAGCAAUCAAUGAGCGAAAGGUCAAGCAGAAGAAGAAGAAACAAACUCCUACGGAACUGCUAACACAGAAAGGCGAACCUGAGGAUGCAGCCGAGAAAGAACUCCUUGAUCGGAUAACUAAAGGACGCGAAAACAAAUAACCCUGAUAAAUAUGAAUAAUGGGGUUCACUUCAUUAAAAAUAGGAGUUGGGAAGGCAUAAAGGCCAUACGACGCAAAGCGGCCAAUCGUUAUUGUUUUCGUUGCUAGCCAGAAAGGUCGUCAAUUUGAAAGGUCAUCAGACUGAAUCAUACGGGAGAAAUGAAAGGUCAAUCGAAAGGUCAAGAUACUUCAACCGAAAUUCAAAUGAACAACGAAAAGGUCACAAAAGUCCGGAAUCAUCAGAAAGGUCGAAAGGUCCUCAAAUUCGUCAGGACGGUCUUCACAAAGGUCAUCCGGGACGAAAGGUCAUCAGAAAUUGUCGCCCAGUCGAAAGGUUGUGAAAUCGAAACACAGACGGAAGAACAAACGGAAGAAGUGAGCGACCAUUCGAAAGGUCACUAGACUCCAACUGGAAUUCAAACGGAAAAAGUAAAAGGUCAAGAGGAUUUGGAAAAAUGCGGGAACAACCGAAAGGUCAUCAGACUCCAGACGAGGCUGUUAUGGCAAAGGUCAGACAUUUGAAGAAGCCGAAAGGUCAAAUAACUGACGACUAAAAAGACGAACAGUUUAAAAGUCAAGAAACGUCUGGAACCGUGGAGAAGGAAGCGCAACCUAAAGGUCAAGAGUGUUCCGUGUCUACGGAACAACCGAAAGGUCACGAGACUUUGAAAGAAGGUGGGAAAGAAAAGGUCAUGCUCCCCAUAGAAAAAGCGGCAAUAGAUGCAGAAGCGGUCUCCGCGCGACAGGUGGUUUAAAAAAAAAUCGUGGUUUACACUGUUGAAAGAGGCUUCAGCGACGGAGAAACCGAAAGGUCACGAAACUUAGCCGUAAAAGAGAAGACUGACGAACCGAAAUCGACUCAGUCUUCGUCCGGAUCAUCGACGAGAUAGACAACCGAUGAGAAACAGAGUCAGGAAACCGAACCAACGGACUCGGCAUUCCCCCAGAAACGGGAUACGUCCGGUACACCAGCGAAAUGAAAAAUGCUGCCAGAGCACAACAAAAUGCGUGGAGAAUGGUCAUAACCAAUGCGACAAUGGAUAAUAUAUGUCGAUUAAAUGGAACGACAUGACCUUUUGAGUUACAAGGCUGUCAACUUAGAACUGGAAGAACUUUGUACUCGAAUAAUGGCGAACAGAUCAGAAACAGUUGAAUGUUAAUUAGUUAUCGCUGGAGAACUGGUGGAAACGUCAAAAACGUGAAAGGUCGCCGUGUUAGAAUGAGACGAUUGGACUGAAAAAUAGCACGGGAAAGGUCAUCACGUUAAAGUAACGAAAGGUCAUCAGAAUCAGAAUUGAAUGCGAAAGUCUCAGUUCAGUACGGUAUAGCCUAACUAGGCGCAAUGGUAAAGUAUAAAGGUCACGUAACAUAUUACUGAAACCGCGUUCGUGUACUUGUUGUUUUCAGCGUUUAUAGCACAGAAUCGAAAGGAUAAAGAAAUCAUGGGGAAUAUCUAUUGGGGUUGAAAUUGAUUCGGUCUAUAAAGCCGGCCCCAAGGGAGUUGCUACGGCAGUUAGCCGGCCCUCCUCUAAAAGCAACUCAGUGUUAUAAAUGCACAAGAGAGACGACGGUAAUCAAGCCGGAUCUCUUGAACACGAAACGGGGCCACAAGCGGCGAAAAAGAGAAAGACAACAGAUGGAAUAUUGAUGAGGUUAACUUAAUGCGGCAAUUAGCCGGCCUCAUUAGAGUUGUUACGGUAAACUAUGCCGGCACUCUUUUCAAGCGAUUCAGUGUUAUAAUUAAAACGAGAAAAACUACGGUAAUCAAGCCGGAUUUCUCGUACUAACGUAAGCCACAAGCGGCGAACAAGAGUAAAAGAUUUAAGAUGGAAUUUUCAUGGGGUAAAACUUAAUGCGGUAACUAGCCGGCCCCAUCAGAGAUGCUACGGUAAACUUGCCGGCACUCUGGCCGCUCGAGGCAUAUUGAAGUUGGAUGUGCGACGGAAAGGUCAAACUGCAAAUUUUACCAGGGAGGCAAGCAAAGAAGUGCUUGAAGCCGCAGAAAAUCGGCUAAGUUCCUCCAUGACCUUUAACAGAAGUUUUGACGAGUGGGAUGACCUUUGGGAUCAUCAAUUGCCCAAUAGAGUCACCGUAUCGGAAUUCAAGUCGCAUGACCUUUGGGACCAUUAACCCAAAACGAGUCGCACAUCUCAACGGAUCAUCUCAACAAAGGAUGACCUUUACUAGGGAGGAAGCGAACUACGCUUGUCUUCAUUGACGUCCCUCCAUGACCUUUAUUGGAUCUCAUUUUGAAGUCGUACGAAUGAUACGCACCAGAUUCUAAAGAUUGAAGCAGUAUUCCUAAGUCGUACUUGAUACGCACCUGAUUCUCAAGCGGAUUGUGAUGGAAAGUCGCAUUAUGGAUGCGCAGGAUUGCUCAACAGAGCGGAAUGGGCCAAUGUGCGGCAAACGGUGGACAGGACCUGUGACCUUUGCGAGUCAGAAAUGGAGGAUCCUAGUCUACAAUUUGAUUAAUACUUUUGUUGAUCUGUUAUUGUUGAUCUGUUCCUAAUGAUUUGAUAGUAUUUUUAUAAUUGGAUCUCUUUAUUCACAUCGUAUUAAAAUGAAAUUGUGCCUUUAUGUAAUUGAUGUGAUAAAAUGGAUUAAGAGAAUUUGAUGUUUUUGAGCACACACAGACACCGGCGACCGUCGUCUUCUCGUGGAUUCGGGAGUGUGUCCAGCCUCACAGGAGCUCGGCAUCCCCCCAGAGGCAUGUGAGACCGGGAUCACUAGCGUUCACGUCAGUGGCGCUACGCCUGUGGCGCUACGCCUUAGGAUUACGUGUCUGUGUUGUGUCUCUUCUGAUUGGCUUGAGUUGUGUUAGUGGGCGCGGCAUAGCACGUGCUGCACAGUGUUACACACUGUUGAAUGGGCUCCACGCUUUACGAUCGAGCUGCGCCGAUCAUUGUUGAUUUUCUGUUGUCGGAAUUUUCAAUAUUAUUAAAAGUCAGCUAUUAGCGGUGCGACGUUUCGCGAUUCCGCGUAGUUCGCUAUACUUAUCGCAUAGCUCACUCCACGGGAUCUAUUCCGUUUAGGUCUCCGUAUCUGGAUCACUGCUGGAUCUAGCAUUAGUGGAGGUUGUAGGCAGAUGCUGGAAACUGGGCUGCAAAUGUUGUCUAAAACGAAAGCCCAUUACAACCAGAUUAUGCAUAAAAUUUCGACGUGUUUUCAAAUAACACAACGACUUGCCACUUUUUUCCUGAACCAGUUCAAAAAUCAAGAAGGCUAUAUCCGAUACCGUGUCUCGGGAAUUGGAUUUAGGUAAACGCCAUGUGUAAGAAAGACAAGCCAAACCGUCGACCCGCUGCCGGUCUCGAGCCAACCCGCGGGAUGUCCGCACGCCAAUCGGACUCACACGAAUCCACCGCGGAGCGUCUGGUGGAUUCUUUAAACCCAGGAGCUGUCAGACGAAAUCGUAAAGUUUGGUUCUGUCCAUACUGCGACAAGUCGAUCGGGAAAGGCGAGCGCUUCAAUGCCAUAGGACAUCUGCUGGGUGUAGAUGGACGUUCCAGUUAUCCGUGCAGGACCUGGCGAAGCGGGCUUCAUGAUCCCUCAGACCGAUUGGAUUAUCUUCAUGGUCGGUUGCCCAAGAAAUGUAUAUAUUAUCGCCGCUAUCAGGAUAAAGCCAAGACGAAGCUCGGAAAGCGAACAGAUGGAGUGUGGAGAGAAAACGACAAACAGCGAACCAUUCCAUUGUAUCCCGAAGAUUUUGAAGAAGGCCUGAAACUACGGGUCAAGGCUCAACACCGGCGCAACGUACAAGCGUCAGAGGAUUCAUCGAACACUUCUCAACUGCCUGUGCCACUGACAUCAACGAAACGCUCGACCAUUGCAAAAUUGGUAGCAGCACGUAAGCGUCGCUUUUCCAGCACUUCGGCGGACAGACUGGAUCUCGAAGAUUUUACAGAAUGCACGAAACUACAGAACAAGCCUCAACCCCGGCGCAACGUGCAAGUGUCGGAAGAUUCAUCGGGAAGUUCCAAGCUGCCUGUGCCACUAACGUCAGCGAAACCCUCAACCAUUGCACAAUCUGCAACAUCACGUAAACGUCGCUUUUCCAGCACUUCGGCGGACAGACUGGAUCCCGAAAAUUUUAUACAGUAGAUGGCAUCAAACUACGGAAUGACGAACAGGAGCGACGCGACGGCCCAGUUUCCGAGAUUUCAUUGGAAAGUUGCGAGCUUCCUGUGCCACUAACAAACCGUUCGGCCAUUACCAAAUCGGCAUCACGAAAACUUCGCUUUCCGAGUACUUCGCCGGACAGACUGGAUCUAAUUAAAAAAUCUUCGCCAGUGGCAGUAAAGAGCGCGCGGCAUUUACCGGAGACGAACAAGAGUGCAUCUCCUAAGGAUCCUUCCGAUUCCGUGAAAAAAUUGGCGACGCUGGGUGACAACUUUUUGGUUACGGUGUACAACGCUGACGGUACUAUAGCAGCCCAAGUUACCGUACGCGGCACUUCUCCACCCAAGAUCACAGUAGAGAAGAAAUCUGCGGCCAUACAAAUCCAAAUCGAAUGGGAAACUGAAGGUGCUGGACACCAUACGACUCGCCGUUCACCGGAGCAAGAGGUGACCUUUGCAGGUUUUCGAUCACGAAUACAAACAGAUAUAUCAUCAGAAGCGCCGCCUCGGGAUCGCUCGCUAGAUCGUGCAGUGAGUUAUUUGAUGAGCUUGUGAAAAAAAUGAUGUUUUUAAUGACGCUUCACUUGAUUUACUACUGCUACCAGUUAGCUUAUCAACCGUUAGUUCGAAUUGCAAAAUUAAAUAAUUAUGUUUUGUUUUGAAACUAGUAGGAUGCAUUGACCAGCUCGUAUACAACGUGAUCCCCAAUUUUGGGUGUCAUUAAAUU